AUUGGUUCCAGCAACAUGGAGGAUGAUGUCAGCUUGAAGUUCCGUCAGCAGCUUCUGCUCAUUGAUGAAAAUCUGGUGGCUGAAGAUGUAGCAGCUUUAAAAUUUCUCUGUACUGAUUUGCUCCCCUUCAAAAAACUAGAAGGUGUGAAGUCAGCAGUGGACAUCUUUCAGCUUCUCAUGGCUGAAGAAUAUCUGAAUGAGGAAGAUACUUUCCUGCUAGCUGAACUCUUAUACAGAAUUAAAUGUCACUCCUUGCUCAAGAAACUUGGUUAUACCAAGGAUAAAGUGCAAGAAUGUCUGUGUGAGAAGGGAAGAGUGUCUCUGUACAGGCAGAUGCUGUAUGAAUUGUCAGAGAACAUUACCAAUGAGAUGUUGAAGGAGAUCAUAUUCCUCCUGCAAGACUGUCUUCCAAAGCGACGGAUAACUCUUUCUGCUCUGGAAUUGCUGAUUUUGUUGGAAAAACAAGGCCUUUUAACUGAAAACAAUGUACAGGUGCUGGAGGAAGUCUGUAUGACUGUUUCACCUGAUCUCCUGGAAACAGUAAACUGCUACAAAAGAGCAAAAGUGUCGCUGCCUCAGCACGAGAACACCCUGCCAGUCAAUGUAUCUUCACUGUCUCACACUGGAGGCAUCAGAGUAUUCACGCCCCUACAGGACACCCUGAUCAAAUCUGUCAGUUCUAACAUCAAUGAUCAUUAUGUUGAAGAGCCUGGGAGUGUUGCAUAG